CUUCAAAGAAAGACCCUUUUUGCCAGAUAACAGUUUCUGAUAUGAAGUCCAUACCAGCAAACCUUUCUUCCAUGCUAUUUUGCUUAGCUGUCAUCACCCACCAAACUCCAUGGCCUGUUGCUAUCCUUUUAUUCUCAUUAUCCUCUUUCUUUGCUUUCUCUCUAAACUAUUGGUUAGUCCCUGGAGGUUUUGCAUGGAGAAACCAUCACGACAAUCAAAACCCUUCAAGAUUUCGUGGUCCAAUUGGGUGGCCUAUAGUGGGCACUUUACCCCAAAUGGGUUCACUUGCUCAUCGAAAAUUAGCUAGCGUGGCUGCUUCAUUAGGGGCAACUAAGCUUAUGGCAUUCAGUUUAGGCUCAACUCGUGUGAUAAUUAGUAGCCAUCCAGACACAGCCAGGGAAAUCCUAUGCGGGUGCUCUUUCGCUGACCGUCCUAUUAAGGAAGCAGCUCGUUUGUUAAUGUUUGAGCGUGCCAUUGGCUUUGCUCCUUCCGGAGACUAUUGGCGACACUUGCGUAGAAUUGCGGCAAAUUACAUGUUUUCCCCGAGGAAAAUCUCUGCUCUAGAGCCACUUAGGCAACGUUUAGCUAAUGAAAUGGUGGCAGAAGUGAGAGAGGAGAUGAAGGAGAGACGGGUUGUUGUGUUAAGAGACAUAUUGCAGAAAGGUUCAUUAAGCAAUGUAUUAGAGAGUGUUUUUGGUAGUGAUGUCUCUAUAGAGGGGGAGGAGUUAGGGUUCAUGGUUAAAGAAGGAUUUGACUUGAUUGCAAAAUUUAAUUUCGAUGACUAUUUUCCACUAAGGUUUUUGGACUUCAAUGGAGUGAAGAGAAGGUGUUGUAAGUUGGCUGGCAAGGUUAAUAGUGUUGUGGGUCAAAUUGUGAAGGAAAGAAAAAGAGCUGGAGACUCAAGGAGUGGAAGUGACUUUCUUAGUGCUUUGCUAUCUUUGCCUGAGGAAGACCAGUUGAAUGAAUCAGAUAUGGUGGCUCUUUUAUGGGAGAUGAUAUUCCGAGGAACAGACACGGUUGCUUUGCUUCUCGAGUGGAUAAUGGCUCGGAUGGUGGAGCACCCAGAAAUCCAAGCAAAGGCCCAGGAGGAGCUUGACCGGUGCAUUGGCAGCCACAGGGAGGUGCUAGACUCUGAUAUCCCUAAUCUCCCCUACCUCCGAGCAAUAGUCAAGGAAGUCCUGAGAUUGCACCCACCUGGCCCACUACUCUCGUGGGCCCGCCUAGCCAUCCAUGAUGUGCACGUGGACAAAACGUUCAUCCCAGCCGGCACAACAGUGAUGGUUAACAUGUGGGCCAUAACACAUGACCCUUCCAUUUGGAGGGAUCCAUGGGUCUUCAAUCCUGACCGGUUCAUUGAAGAGGAUGUGCUGAUUAUGGGCUCGGAUCUAAGGCUGGCACCAUUUGGAGCAGGGCGCAGGGUGUGUCCAGGCAAGGCACUUGGGCUAGCCACGGUGCACCUAUGGUUCGCACGGCUUUUACACGAGUACAGAUGGUUACCCGCAAAACCCGUGGAUCUUUCUGAGUGUUUAAGGCUCUCUCUCGAAAUGAAAAGGCCACUGGAAUGUCAUGUGGUUCAACGACGGAGCAAAGUCACGCAAUGAAGCUACCGGUUUCGAUCAGAAAUUAAACUUCGCAGGACCUUUUCAGGCGAAUCGUGUGGUGUGUUUAGCUGUAAAUUAAGAAUGUAUCCCUCUUCUAGAUUGUGUAAAGUGGUUGUCGAUGUCAAGGGGUGUGUUUGGUACGUGAAGCAUCAAGCUAUUAAACACACCUAGAAUGUGUACUAAGAAUGCUUUUGUUUAAGCGAUGCGUCGCAUUAAUAAACGGUUGUUAAGUUUCGACUUUC